AUGGACUUGCACCCUGCGCCCGCUAUAGACACCCGACAAGCCAUCGUCGCUUUCGAUGCCGUGCUGGAUCAGAAGCUGGGAGCGCUUCGCGUGGCCCUGAUGGAGGAGCACCGCCGGCUCCUCCACGUCUCGGACGUCGAGGUGGCCACCCUGAUCGAGACAGCGUCCAGCCGGCGUUCCAGCAUCGACAGCCAGAGCCGCCGGUCCAGCAUCGAAAGCCAGGAGCACCAGAACUACAGCCAAGCCAAGUCGGAGUUGGCAUCCAGCCAGUUGGAGACCUUUCCGCGGGCCCCUCCGUCACUGAACGAUUGGCAGGAGGACGAGCCAGAAGAGCCACCUCCAGCUGACAUCCCGGAGUCGGACAGGCCACCCGCUCACCUGCGAAACUCGGUCUCCAGCUUGUCUGCCUCUCUGAGGGUGAAGGACCCAACGAAGAAGGCCAAGAAGAAGUCGGUCUCUUUCCUGCCGCACAUUGAGGUGUGCGAGUACUACAGCAUGGAGUCGCAAUCCUCAAGUGAACUCCGCGCGCUGUGGAAGUGGCCCGAUGAGAAUGACCCCGAUGAGGACACUGAAGAUCUCUUGCACGAGCUCGGUGUGACUGGAAGUAACCACGCAUUUGAGGGCCGCUGUGUGCGCUGCCUCACGAGCUGCGUCACGCCGCCAAUGUCCCGCCGAAGGAUGGUCUGGGAUAGCUUGGCGCUGAUCAUCCUCGCCAUUGAGGAAAUUAACGGUGACAUGGCUUUUGUCUAUCUAAGCAACAUGUAG